AAAAUUCUUUUAUAUUUUUAUUUAAAAUAUGAAUGAUUCGAUCCCAAAUUUAUUCCAUUCAUAUUCAUGUCAUCAUCCAUUCUUUACCUGCGGAAGAACCAUUCCAUCUCUCGAAGAACUAUUAUUGGCGGCUCUAAAACAUGGAACCACCUUGGGUUUGUGACCUAAACAACAUUUCAAAUAUACACAUACACACACACACACCAAAUAGGAAAUUAUUAUCUGACAAUAAAUUGUAAAAAAAUAAGUGCGAAUAAUUUUUCAAUCAAAAGCCAUAUCAAAUGAUUUGUUCAAACACCGAUUCGAUGACAAAUUAUAAAGCCAUGACAUCUAACUCAUCUCUUAUCAUCAAAAAUGAUACGCUAUUCGCUUCGCACCCUAAACCGUGCAUAAAGAAUGGUUCGGAUAACCCGACAAACGAUAAAUUCAAAGGCGACGCGAAUAAAAAUAUAAUUUUGAACGCGGAAGCGGGGAAAAACGUGUCCAAUGUUAUUAAACUGAAUGACGCCACGUCCAAACCUGCGUUUGUGGGCCAAGUUAACGCUUCGCAUUUCAAUCGCCUCAUGAGCGAUAAGUGUUACGAUUAUGACUGCACUUUAACAGUCAACGGAUUAAAAAGUCAAGAUAAUCAUCCAAUGACCGGCGAUAAUGUAAGAACUUCGAUUCCCUAUUACUAUCCUUAUCAUAGCAUGCGCUUACCGACCAACGAUGUUCACUCGAAUCAACUCAAUUUAGCCAGCUUGGCCCAACCCAUGUCACCGUUGGCGGCGUAUUAUCUCAACGCUUCCUUUCAGAAUCGCCCCCAGUUUCCUAUCACAAUCUCCGCUUUACCCCGCGAACCCUAUACCAAAUUACCAGGGCACAAUCUCGUCGAAAAAUGCGAAACCCAAUUAGCGAUCUCUAACUCGACGACCCUCGACCCUUCCAGCAAAUGUUCUCUGGUCGGUUCGGAAAGCUUCGAGAACGAAACCAAUUUGACCCAAGCUACUUUUACCUCCAACUCUUUAGAAUACAUCGCCAACGCACCCUCCGAUUUAAACUCGAACGAACGUAUCAAGUUAACCGCCGACUUUGGCCAAACUAGCGAGUUCCGCCAGCGGUCGACGAUAAUAUCCGCCGGAAACGAUUCGGAGUCAGAUGUGAGUAAUCAUCUCAAUGAUUCGAGCCACACUUCGAAUAACAACGAUUUACGAAACGCGAGCCACAAUAACAACUCCAUCGCUAACCAUCUCCUGAUGAGUAACGAUGCCGAAGGAGUAUGGAGUCCGGACAUAGAACAAAGUUUUCAAGAAGCCCUGGCCAUAUACCCGCCCUGCGGUCGACGUAAGAUCAUACUCUCAGACGAGGGCAAGAUGUAUGGCCGAAACGAGUUGAUCGCUAGGUACAUCAAAUUGAGAACCGGAAAAACCCGGUCUCGCAAACAGGUGUCGAGUCACAUUCAAGUUCUGGCCAGGAAAAAAUCGCGCGAAAACCAAAUCCAACAUCAUUCUCUCAAAGAGAGUGCCAACGAAAGUUCUUCAAAUAUCGAGGCGGCAGAUGACAAAAUGCCAACGGAUAUAAAUUCUAGAGGAAAUUUCGAUCAUCCCAAAAAUUGGCACAAAAUGUCUACAGGUCACGCGGCAUCUACGCCAUCCCCUCUCACGUUUUCCCUGCAAGGCGAUACGAGUAAAUUAUCGUUCAAGAAUGAGAGCGUUGACCAUAACGCGGCAGCUGAAGAUGACGGAAAAUUAAAUUUUAACGGUCAUCGCGUUCAUUCAGCCAAAGACGCGGAUAAAAAAGAUUUCGUUUCUACCAAUGCUGGCGACGUAAAUACGUCUAGUUAUCCCCAAGUUUUACAAUUUUUACCACCCAAAAACGCUCAAAUAAAUGCUAUCAACAACCGGCAUUACCAGGAAGAUUCGAAAUCAUCUCCUCUUACCCUGUCUCCUAUUUGCAUAAACAAUGAGCGCGAAGAUUCGUAUUACAGAACCCGGCCCCUCACCUCUCCAUAUUACCCCAUUCCGUCCACGAUAUCGAAUAAUUGCUUUGGUCGCGAUUGUUCGAACGACGCUACAAUCAAACAGGAAGGAAGGGGAAAUAACCGCGACUCAACGGAAAUACGAAACGCCUCGAAAUGUCGCGAGAGUUUGGUCAAACGUAAAGUGGACGAGAUGAGCGACGAAAACGCCGAAGAUGAUUCGGAAUUUCACAACGGGAAUUCUGAUAUUCAGCACGCGACAUUCCUGGAGUCGGACAAGCUGAGAUUGUUAAGCUUUUCGUGCUACGUCGAGAAUAUGAUAAAAGAUGAUUGUUACGAAAAGGGUGUCCAAAAAAUGGGGAAUUCUGAUGAAGUCGAUAGGCAAGCCAUGAAAUUUCUCAAGGUCAACGGUGCCAAAAAGCUCAACAGAACUCAAAGCCAUGUGUUACUCAGACGUCACUUGUUCGUUUUCGUAGAUCGUCCCAUCAACUAUGACAACAUGCCAAUCGAGAAAAUUGAAGUCAAACAAAUUCACGACAAAUUUCCCGGGUUGAGAGAACUCUUUUCCAAAGGUCCUACAAACGCAUUUUACUUAGUCAAAUUUUGGGGAGAUGUGGAUAUCGACAUCAAUAACAAUGAACCCAACGCUUUUUACGGAAUAGAUAGCUGUUAUCAAAGUGACACCGAGUUGACAGUCGUCGUUUCGACCAAGAUUUGCUCUUUCGGUAAGCAGGUCGUUGAAAAAGUGGAAACGGAAUAUGGUAGAUUAGAAAAUGAUACUUACUUAUACAGGAUAAACCGAUCUCCGCUUUGCGAAUAUAUGAUCAAUUUUGUCCUCAAGCUCAUAAAUUUACCGGAAAAAUACAUGAUGAACAGUGUUCUGGAAAAUUUCACUAUACUUCAGGUAAUCACUGACAGAGCAUCUCAAGAAAUCCUAUUGUGCAUAGCUUACGUUUUCGAAGUCUCCAUGAACGAAAACGGUUCUCAAAGAAAUGUGUAUUCUUUAGUUUAGACAAAAAAUUACAAUACUUGCCCAUUAAAAUAUGAUGGUUUUUUUAUGAAUCGUAAAAAUUUUUUGUAUAUGUUACCCAAGGAUAAAACAAACUCCCCAGAAUAUUUAUACAAAAAUAUAUAACAAACAACGCAAUAUUAAAUGUGAAAUAAUUUUUGAUUUUAAUUAAUAAAUAAAUUAAAAUCUUAUUUAUAUUUAUAAAAAUGUGAUUUUUUCUUUGUAUUUAAUAGAUGAUAAGAAUUACUUUAUAACUUUCAUUAUAUGUUUUAGUCUAUUCUAUCGAUACCGACCACAGAUACAAAUACAAUAAACCAAAAUUUCUUAGAUCCCUGCCAGAUACUUAUGUUCUUUUUUUUUUUUGAAUUCCUUAAAAAAAUUCACGAGAAAGUUUAUAUAUAUAUUUAUUAAAUUAUAUUUCCAUCUACACAAAUUUGAUAUAAUAAUACUAAACUACUAUGCA